UACCAUUCUCCCGGUAAUGGAAGACUUCAUUUUGUCGCCGACAGAGGCCAAAAGGGUUCAUGGGUAGCAAAAACUGAGGAUCAGUAUCAGUGGUUCCAGGUCGAUUUUGGCAGAAAUGUGAAAAUUACUAAGUUUGCUACACAGGGUCGUCAAGACGCAAGACAGUGGAUCACAAAAUACAAGCUGAAAUACAGUGUUGAGGGCUAUUCUGCAGUAUUCCAGACCUAUCAAGAACAAGGUGGAGUCGACAAGAUUUUUAAUGGGAAUACCGAUUACACGUCUGUUGUGACUCAUCCCCUGGCAGCACCAAUCACAGCUCGAUACGUACAGAUAAGACCAGUCGAAUAUCACAACCGAAUGUCUAUGAKAACUGAGUUUUAUGGAUGCGUUCUUUCGGACCGUUAUCGAGUUUUGGGCCGCACUGUCCAUAUGGAAUACGUUGAAGAACACCUUAGAAACCUUAGGACAGAUACAGGAGCAUCAGCAGGCAUUAGCUUUGCAGACACACAGGACCGUCCUAAUAAUAUUGACCUUGAGGUUCUUGCUGAUACUAUUUAUGUUAAGACUGCAGUCAAGAUGCGAGGCAUCAAAAAGCUAACAAUGAUGAGCCGAGUAGUGUCGUUUCUUCAAGGAAGUAAACUUGAUCUCAGGGCUCCGUCUGUAGCGCAAAAUUUCCCCACGCUUAGUUUUGGUCAAGAUGGAAAUGACGGAAAACAUGGAGUUGACGGGCCUACAGUGGAAAUCUACGCCAAUUCAGCCUCUGGUCAAAUAAGCAUUGAAUCAAGUGGUAGCAAUGGAAACAGAGCUCAAAAUGGAGUCAAUGGAAAGCCAGGGGAAAGUGGCAUAGUAACGCCACCAAGUGUUGAUCCAGAUGACUGUCCUAGCGUGGCUAUAAAGAGUGGGAGGGUUGUCACUGGAUGUCCUGACAUCAGAGGAGCUAAAGGUGUGAAAGGUGGUAGAGGAGGAAAUGGAGGAUACGCCGGGAGAUCUGGCAAUGGCGGGAACGCCGGGAGGCAAGCUAUUUACAUCAAUCAGCUUGGAAAUAUUGAUCUCAAAACAUGCAGUGGGACUGGAGGACAGGCGGCUAUAAAUGGACGUGCAGGACCUGGUGGACAAGGAGGAAGUGGAGGACUUGGUCUCACAUGUGAAAUUUAUGAGGAUUGUUUGCCUUUUGGCCUAAUUGUCGAACAUUGUGACGUUGUCUGUCGCAGUACAGGUCAACCGCGAGGCCCUCCAGGGGACAGGGGUGAUCCAGGCAACAAAGGAAAUGCUUUGCUUGUACCCGGGACAAAUGGACAAGUGGAACAGCCGUAUCUCACAAAGCAAAGCCUUGGGACCAGUGCGUUGAGCAAAUUUCCAUUGGAUUUAAUCACGCUAAUGACAAGAAUGGCUGAGGACCGCGUUUGGGCGAAUGACGUCGCCAUGGCUCAGUCAAUACUCAAUUUCGUCGUUACCUUGACACAAGGAAGAGAAGAUGCUGUAGCAAUAAGAAAACUCGCGAAGCAAAGGUUGGCGUUCUUCAACAAGCCAGGGUUUGAUCGAUUUGGAAGGAACGUGCUCUUUGCUCCUUUGAUGAAAUGGCAUGCUUUUAGAGAUAAAGUUGUACAAAUUCGAGAUCACGCCAGAGAUUAUGAAACGGCCUACAACACAAUUCAGGCAUCGAUAGAAAGACGUGAAACUACGAAGCAGAUUUUACAAGCGCUACCACAGUCGGCUGAAAUUCAAGUAAACAAUGAAAAGGAAAGGCUUAUAGAAGCCAGGAGAGUUGCACUCACUGAGAAAAAUGCUUAUGUACCUGCCAUUAAAGAACUAGAAGGAAGAAUGGAGAACAGUCUCAAUGCAAUUAUUGAUCAACUUCCCCAAGUGCAUGAUACAGCGACAUUUGACAAGCCCGACCUUUUUGCAAUACUGCAAGGCAUGUCUGGGUUUGUCAGCGCCGCUGCGACUGGUGAUCUUUUCACAGCUAUUGAUACUGCUCUUGGAUUAGCCGAGCAUCAUAUUAUAAAGUGCAAAACCGGUACUUUGGAGGAGAACCUCGCCAAUAUCAAGAAAUGGAUGACUUUUGGUCAGGCAUACAGGAAACUCGAGGAUUCCAGUGAACUGGAUUUUGAACAAAUGGACGUAGGGGCCGUUCCAGAAGUCAUGAUGGCUAAUCUUGAAAUGAACAAAGAAAGUCUCGCAGCAGRCCUGACAUGCAUGCUUGAGGAACAAGCUCCAAGYAAUGUGGCCCAAUUUAAGGCACAGAUGGAAAAUUACUUCAUUCUAGGAGCUGCAAGGAUUGAUCUCAUCGCAAAGGUCGUCGAUCUAGACAAUGAGAUCGGGGGAUACAACUUUGACAUACCAAACUUGGAAGAGACAGAGAAUGAGCUUCUUUCUCUGCGAAGUAUCGGUGCAUSUCCGAUUGAAGAGAACGUCGAGCAGAGGUUCCUUGACGACCUCCUGACAACCUAUAAGCAAAUGGAGACGAGUUUUUCUAAACAACUCUACUUGUUUUAUAAAAGCUUUGAUUUCCGUACACUAUGGGAUGAAACGGCCAGGUUGACUKCUUUUGAACGGACUGCAAGCGAGGCUGCUUCAGGCACUGGACAACUACAAGGUGUUGUACAACUUAACAAUGCUCUCCUGGAAAUAGAUGACCUCGAAAGCCGAUCACGACAGUGUUUUACAAGAUUCCCUUCCAUUAAUGAUAGAUUUCAUAAAUGGUCAUUUGAUAAUGUCCACGACCCAGUGUUCUUUAAAGACCUUCAUCAAGGCAAAGCAAACUUACUUUUGGGACUCGAGGAGAGCUGUCCAACGUGCUACAAUGUUCGUGUGUUAAAGAUUUACGUUGAGCUAUUUGGAGACAACACACAAGAGGAGAACGGUUUACCUAGUAUAGUCCAUUUAAGAGUGAGGCACGGAGGUUCUUCAUAUUUCAAAGAUGGAAAUGGAAACAUCAAACAGUUUCAUCAGAAACUUGCAGACUCGUCUUGGCGAAAGAUUACGUUCGACCGAUUUUCGAUAACUAAUGAGGAUAAAUGUAGUACGGAAAGAGAGAAGGGAAACGGACAGUCUCUUUUUUGUAUGAGAGUAGAUGACGAUCGCUUUAGAUCGAUGUGCUGCGAUGACUCUAGUGGCACGCCAUGUAAUGAGGCCCAGUCUGGAUCUGCUGAAUGCCAAAGUUUAUUUGGAACUUACAAUAUAGAGAUGCCCAUUAACGAGAAUGGUGAAUGCGAUGGUACACAUAUAACAAACGAGAAUUGUAAGGACUUCGAUCGAUCUAUUUACACCAACAUGAAUGUUUGGUUUCGAUACAAGUACUGGGACACUGAUUAUCCAACAGGAGUAGAUGAUGCAAGAUGCAGCACCCAAGGAAAGAAAAGAGAAGGCAUUCAUCAUAUUGGAGUCUUUCAUAAAAGGCGUCUUUCCUUAAAGCAUCAAGCUCUAAACAGCACUCACAAAAACACAAAAGGCUGAUCGUACGAGAGAAGCGGGUAGAACAAAAAAAACCUCCUAAAUAUAAAGGAAUGUAGUGUUGAAGUGAUUGAAUAAGUGAAAUAAAUGGCACUG